AUUAAUUAAUUAUCACUCUGAUUAAUAUUCAUGAGUCGAGCCUUCAUCAUAGUAAUAUUCUAAUUAGACCGUCUGUUUUUCUACCAAUCAUUUUGGCCCUUUCUCGUUCCGCAAUAAUUUCGCGUGCCAGAAAGUGGCAGAGACUACAGAAUAAAAUAAUUUUGGCUUUUGAUCCUAAAUUUUGAUCUGUUCCCCAAAACAUUCGCUUAUCAAGUGCUCAUAAAUAUCCAUAAACCCUGAGGAGACUACAGUCUGUAUCUGAGUUUGGCAUCAAAUCUCAUGUUAUUUGAUUAGCCAUAAUCGAAUCAAGUAAAGCUUAAAACAAAGAAACGUGAACUUUGCCUCUCGUGGGCCUUGUGACAAUAAAAAAAUAUAUAUAUAUAUAAAAAAAGUAAUUAUAAUGAGGAUAUUUUAUGCUCCUCUGCAUGGACUGUAAAUUUAUCAUCCUGACAGCUUUUUUUUUUAAGAAUAUGUAAACAAACUUGUUGAUUGUUUCAAACUCUAACAUGGGAUGCGAUGUCCUUCCCACGGUCUGUUUCAUCCAGGGUCAGAUCCCUGAGGGAUUCCGCCACUCCAGAGAACAGCCAUCCAAACAUGACACAGUUCAAAUUAAUGACACAUUCAUCUGAAUGAUGAGAUAGAUAGAUAGAUAGAUAGAUAGAUAGAUAGAUAGAUAGAUAGAUAGAUAGAUAGAUAGAUAGAUAGAUAGAUAGAUAGUCACAGAGGAGCGCGUGAAGAGAGGCGCGCGCUCUCUGGAGGGAGGCUGUCGCCCGCGCGCUUUUUUAAGAAUCGCGUGAAGAGCGCGCGCUACAGUGAUGUUUCCUCACGCGGACCCGCUUCACCUGUAGACUGUCACGGGACUUCUGUUUGUCUGAGGUUAAACUCUGAUCCACAAUCUAUUGGAGGAAUUCAGUGCUGGAAACACAAGCGCCCAUCAUGAACAAUGAAGAGUUCCCUUCUGUACCAAUCAAAGACAAGCAACAGAACAUCGUUAGUGCUAUUUGUUAUGAUCCUCAAGAUUCUGUACUCCUGAAGUCUCUCACUCCCGAGGAGAACACUCAAUGCCGGCAGGGUCUGUACUUCCAGGACGGCAGGAGGCGAGUGGACUACAUCCUCACCUACCACAUCAAGAAGAGCAGCAGCACGUGGCGGCACGCGUCCCGUCUCAGAGACAACGCCUUCACGCGCACCCUGCGGCGGGGUCGCCACCCGCCUCCGCCCGCGCACCGAGGCGACGCCGAGCUGGGCUCGCCCGACCACAGCGCGGACCACCACGACGACGACAAGGCUUUACGGCGGGAAGAGUUCGAGAGCAACCUGCUGGAGAUGGGCCUGGAGCUGGAGCGAGACGAGGAGACCAAGACUCCAGGAGUGGGCUUUGUGAAGAUUCAUGCUCCGUGGAACGUGCUCUGCCGCGAGGCUGAGUUCAUGAAACUGAAGAUGCCUACCAAAAAAGUGUAUGAAGUCAAACACAGCAGCGGCGUCAUGGAAAAGAUCAACGCGUUCAUCAGCAAGCUCACAGAUCCUCUUCAUCCCAACCUAGAAGAGAACCGGAUACAGAACGUGAAGCACCUCUCGUACCCGUUCUCCAGAGAAAAGCAGCAUCUGUUUGAUUUGUCCGACAGAGAUUCCUUUUUCGACAGUAAAACAAGAAGUUCAUUAGUAUGUGAAGUUUUGAAGCGAACCAAGUGCACAAAAGCCAAAUUUAGCAUGGGAAUAACUAGCCUGCUUGGGAGCGGCGUUUAUCUGGCUGCCUAUCCACUACAUGAUGGUGAUGUAGAAGGGGAAAAUGCUGAACCAAAUGACAGGAAGCUGCUGUAUGAAGAGUGGGCCAGCUACAGUGUCUUCUAUAAGUACCAGCCCAUCGGCUUGAUCAGGAAGUACUUCGGGGAGAAGAUCGGCCUCUACUUCGCUUGGCUUGGGGUUUAUACCCAAAUGCUGAUCCCUGCUUCCUUAGUAGGCGUCAUUGUGUUCCUCUAUGGAUGUGUUACUGUUGAUGAUGACAUUCCCAGUAUGGAAAUCUGUGACCAGCGGAAGAACAUCACCAUGUGUCCGCUGUGUGACCGCGUGUGCAGUUACUGGAACCUGAGCAUCGCGUGUGGGACGGCCCGGGCCAGCCAUCUGUUUGAUAACCCCACCACCGUCUUCUUCUCCAUCUUCAUGGCACUGUGGGCGGCGUUCUUCAUGGAGCACUGGAAGAGGAGACAGAUGCGCCUCAACUACGAGUGGGAUCUCACCGGCUUUGAGGACGAGGAGGAAGCACUAAAGGAUCACCCGCGAGCCGAAUAUGAAUUCAGAGUCAUGCAAAAAACGUUGAAGAAAGACCACAAAUCACAGAAGCCAGAGAAAGAGAAGCUGACAUGUAGAGACAGAUUCCCUGCAUACAUGACAAACCUCAUCAUGAUGCUUUUAAUGAUCGGUGUGACUUUUGCUAUUGUGUUUGGUGUGAUUUUAUACCGGAUCUCCACCAAAGCCGCUCUCGCUAUGAGCUCAAACCCCAUGACCCGCUCCAACGUCAGGCUGACGGUUAAAACCACUGCGGCCAUCAUCAACCUGGUGGUCAUUCUCAUCCUGGAUGAAGUGUACGGGGCCGUGGCACGCUGGCUCACUGUCCUCGAGGUUCCUAAAACAGACAAGAGCUUUGAAGAAAGGUUGAUCUUCAAAACCUUCAUCCUGAAGUUUGUGAAUGCGUUCACUCCCAUCAUAUACAUCGCAUUUUUCAGAGGCAGACUCGGUGGGCGUCCAGGCAGUUAUCUCUACGUGUUUGAGUCCUAUCGCAUGGAGGAGUGCGCUCACGGCGGCUGUCUCAUGGAGCUCUGCAUCCAGCUCAGCAUCACAAUGCUGGGAAAACAGCUCAUCCAGAACAACUUGUUUGAGAUCGGCAUCCCUAAACUGAAGAAACUGAUCAGAUACAUUAAAUCCAAGAGAGGCUCUUACCAGGAACAGGAAAAUGAGAAGAAGUUGCAGCGUUAUGAGACGGAUUAUUUCCUGGAGCCCUUUGUUGGCCUCACGCCUGAGUACAUGGAGAUGAUAAUCCAGUUUGGCUUUGUGACUCUGUUUGUGGCAUCUUUCCCGCUGGCGCCUCUGUUUGCCCUCCUCAACAACAUCAUUGAAAUACGACUGGAUGCCAAGAAGUUCGUGGCAGAACUCAGAAGACCAGAUGCAGCCAGAGGCAAAGACAUCGGAAUCUGGUAUAAUAUUCUCAGAGGAGUCGCAAAAGUGGCAGUUAUUGUCAAUGCAUUUGUGAUCUCCUUCACUUCAGACUUCAUUCCACGGCUGGUCUAUCAGUACAUGUACAGUCCAGAUGGCUCGAUGCACGGCUUUGUCAAUCACACGCUGUCUUACUUCAACGUCAGUCACUUCCAGAACGGCACCGCCCCAUUGGAGCCGUUCCACCUGGGCUUCCGUGUGGACAUCUGCAGGUAUAAAGACUACAGAGAGCCUCCAUGGUCUCCAACACCGUACGAGAUCUCUAAGGAGUUCUGGGCUGUGUUGGCAGCCAGACUAGCAUUUGUCAUUGUCUUUCAGAAUGUGGUGAUGUUGAUGAGUGAUGUUGUGGACUGGAUCAUCCCAGAUAUUCCCAAAGACAUCAGCUUGCAGAUCCAUAAGGAGAAGAUCCUCAUGAUGGAUCUGUUCAUGAAGGAGGAGAAGGGAAAAACACGGACGGAGGACAGCGUGACGAGUAAGGAGACGCGUCACAGUCCUCUAAUGCGCUCACGCUCCAUAUCGCACACGCCCUGCAAAAACUACUGACGUCAGCAGCCUCAGAGUCUCUACCCUUACAUUCCACUGAUGAAGACGUGCCGUUAGGUCUAAAGUAAAGCCUGUGACCAGUGCACACUGCCUUUGCCUUCAUAUUGUACAGUUCUUCACACUGAUUUGUGUGCUCAACGCUUCUUUUUAUCAUAUUCAUUUUCCUCAGUUUUUCUCUUUCAAUGAAUGUGCCACAGCAGCCAUGAACUUUACUAAUGACAACAACCCAGCUAACAAAAUAUGUUCUAAGAACGUUCCCAUUAAGUUAGGAAAACGUUAUUUCGGAAUGUUCUCUCAACAUUCAAAAUGUCCAGUUUUUUCCAUUUUCUCAUUCUUCAAACAUUAUGGCAACGUUACUUUUGAAUGUUCUGAAACAAAUAGUAACAUUAAAAAACAUUAGUUGCACGUCCAACUAAAACGUUUCAGAAAAAAUUCCACGACUGAUGUAUAAAUAAUGUUUUUGUGCUAACAUUUUGAGAACAUUAUUAAAGAGCAGAUCACUUUAAACGAACAUUCUAUUAAUGUUACUGGAAUAACGUUUGUUCAUAACUUUGAGAGAACCUUGCCAGAACGUUAAAGUUCUGAGAACGUUCCCUGUUGCCUGGGAAAGUGCUAAGGCCCAAAACAUACUCUACGCAAGCAUGUGAACAAAAACAUUUCUGGCUACGUGAGCUUGGUUUUGUGCAUCUUUGCGUCAGAGUAUGAUUCAUAAUGUAGCAGGUGGCGGACAUCAGCGUAAAGCAGUUUACCUGCCUGUAAUAUUCAAGUAGUCCUAUGAAAUAAAAACAAACAUUGUAAAUCUAUCGCCCAUAUGAGUCCUGAGGUUUUUAGCACCUAUUAUCAUAGAUUGAUACCAAGCUCAAAUGUUAAAGUAUGUAAGGUACGAAACCACAUGCUUGCAACACGUUGGCCAAGCAUUCACUUUUACAUACUUGAGUAUGUUUCUAGCCUAUGAAUAAUUAUUAUUCCUACUAAUUGAUUCUUUAAACAAAUUACAUAUGUAAAUAUCUUAACCAUCACAUUAAAUCAAAUUGAACUGUUUUUAUACAUUGAUGAAAUGCUCAUAGGCAUUAAAAACCUCCAUCGAAUUAACAAUUUACCAGUUUGACCAUAAAAAGGGCUGCUAGAUAUUUUGAUUGAAAUGUGAUAUUUAAUUUAGUUUAUUUCAACCCUUAAGGUUUCUGGUUGUUUUGUUUGCAGUUUCAUGUGAUUGAAAAUAUCUCCAAUCCUUAUUUAAUGACAAAGCCUAAAUAUGGGAGAAAUCGUAAGGAUUUAUAGGAACUUUAUUAAUUUAAUGAACAUUUCAAUUAUUAGGACAAAUUGACAUCAAAACAUAAUCAGAGGUCACAAUGCAGUUAGAUCCUACGCUGAUCCUUAUAGAUAUUAAUUUUAAAUAUUUAUAUUAAUUUUUGGAUCGUCCAAGCUUAUUUUAAGUGGACGGCCUUUACUGAUUCUUCUGAAUGCGAGGCUCCCUGACAGAAGACACCGUCGUUGUGAUGAUUCUUUAAUUCUUUUAAUCUAACGUACCUCGGAAAUUCAUGUUUUCACAUUCGUUGUAUGAUGGUAUUUUUCUGAUGCCUUUAAUUCUUUUGUACAUUUGACGCUUUUCAUAUUUAAUGGUGCUUAAUAGCGUAUUCAUUAUCUGUACAUUGAGCAAGCAUUAACUUUGUGGAACAUUAUUCACAUCGUGUUCAUAGAGUGUAACAGACUUGAAAACCAUAAAUUCCAUGAUAGGUCCAGUAAUGUUUUAGCUUUUAUACAGAAUCAUUUAGAAAGUCACAUAGACUGUUAGAUUUUUAACACAUCUGUAUACUGAGGUUUCUGGGUUUGAUCAACAUUUACUUUUGCACCAAAUGGAUUGUACAGUAAAAGCAAACACAGCUCAACCUCACGAGGAACCACAUAAAGACACAAACUAACUUUCAAGCUCCAAAGAUAAACCAUUUCUGUGCUGUUAUAUUUAUAUGGUCUUAAAUAUAAAGCAGAACAGUCAUAUUGUUUUUUUAAGUAUGAUGUUUAUUAUUUACUGCCUUACAUGUCUACUAAAUUAACGCAUAUAAAUUAUAUCUUGUUUGCUUGCCUUAAACCAGAAACACAAUGUUCUUUAGUGAUUUGUGUAGCUGUGUACUGUAAUGUAUGACUUCAAAGAAAUAAAGUCUACUUCAGUUGUCAAA